AUGAGGAAACUCGGCUUUAAUCCCAGCAUUGUCACACUCGGCUCUCUGCUCAAUGGAUUCUGUCGCAGGAAUAGAUCCCACGAGGCCUUAUCUCUCGUUGACACGAUGUCGAAAUCUGGAUAUGAGCCUAACGUUGUGAUCUACAACACUGUGAUUAAUGGUCUCUGCAAGAACAGAGGCGUGGACGAUGCGUUGGAGCUACUCAACGUCAUGGAGAAGAAAGGAGUCAGAGCGGAUUCCGUUACCUACAACACUCUGGUUGUUGCUCUGUGUAGCUCUGGUAGAUGGAGCGACGCUGCUCGGCUUCUGAGAGAGAUGAUGAAGAGGAAACUCGUCCCUAACGUAGUCUUCUUGAGUGCUUUGAUCGAUAGGUUUGUGAAAGAUGGGAAUCUUUCAGAGGCUAAGAACUUGUUCAGGGAGAUGAUACGGAGGUCUGUAGAUCCUAAUAUCUUCACUUACAACUCUCUGAUAAACGGAUUUUGCAUACACGGUCGUCUCCGUGAGGCUAGGCAAAUGUUUGAUGUGAUGGUGAAGAAUGGAUGUUCCCCGGAUGUAGUGACCUAUAACACUCUCAUAAAGGGAUUCUGCAAGUACAAGAGAGUAGAAGAUGGGAUGAAACUCUUGUGUGAGAUGGGUCGUGAAGGAGACGCUUUCACUUAG